CGGGGCUGUUUUCGUUGCAGUGCCCUGCCGUGGAGUGAUGUUGCAAGACGUACGGGACAGAACGGGCACAGAGGGAAGCAGAGCAAACGUUCACACGGUUGUUUUUUCCAAUAGAAUCGUUCAAAUCUGUCUGUUUUAGAAGGAAAAUGGAUUUACUGAAUAACCUAAUCUAGCGUCAACAGUGUUGGAGCCGUCCGUUGCUGCCUGACACACACACGGACAUCUUGUUUCUCUCAAAUCGGGAUACCGGAGUGUAGAGACAUAUUUUUCUUCAUUUCGGACCCGGUUUCAGGUUGUAGUGGAGCUCUGCACGGCUCAUCAUGGCGUGGCCCUGUAUCAGCAGGGCGUGCUGCAUGGCCCGCUUCUGGAACCAGCUGGACAAGGCUGACAUUGCGGUGCCUUUGGUCUUCACCAAGUACACGGACGUCUCUGAGAUGCAGCACAUCCAGCUGCAGCCGCCGCUCCACCCUCCCCAGGCCCGGGUCGCCAUAGAAACGCAGCCGUCUCGCGCAGAAGCCCGCGCCGCCAAAGGUGCACGGGGCCCGCGCAGGUGCGUCUCCGAAGAGCGCGUGUGCAGCUCGGUGAUGCGCGAGGACUUUAAGCACUGGAAAGUGAGACCGGAACCGAGCUGUAAACCCAAGAACGAGUACCACGGACCGGAGACGCCGUUCAACAGCGAGACCCAGUACCAGAAGGACUUCAAACCCUGGCCCAUCCCGAAAAGGUACGACCAUCCCUGGAUACCUAAACAGGCCGAGGACCGGGCUCCGGACAGGUCCAGGCACUCCAAGCAGCAGACGGAGGCGGACAGCGGAGUGGAGAAGAGCGCUAUUGCAGACAAGGUGCACGAGAAAGACUUCCUGCAGGGCCAGGAGAGGAAAAAGAAGUCCAGUAAACCAGAGGGGCAGAAGAAAGUUGUCCUGAAGGUGGAAGGAGAGGGCAGAGGGAGGGCGGCGGCGGACGCUGUGAACAGGCAGAUCAAAGAGGAGAUCACAGCCGACAGCUCGUACAAAACUGAGUACAAGGCUUACAGAGAUGUGAAGCCGGCGAAGAUGAUCCGGGCCAGGUCCCAGUACCUGCCACCAGAUGAGAAGACCAGCCUAGAGACCAGCUACAGUGCCACCUUCAAGGGCCAGGCCCCCCUGCGGCCUGCGGACAACAAGGCCCUGGAGAGGAGGAGGAUACGCAGUUUGUACAGCGAGCCUUAUAUAGACCCCAUCAAACAGGUUGACAGGUAUAGUGCACUUCGCUCUAAACCCAAAAAGCCUGGAGCCACAGCGGCAGGCCAGAGCAAGCCAGCGAAGAAAGCCAAAGAUAAGCAGAGCGCCACGCUGAAGGGCUCCAAGAAGACCACCUCGGAGAACCAGUCAGAGAACCGGCCAGCGGUGGGGGACAAGGAGAAAAGUAAAGAGAUGAACAACAAACUGGCUGAGGCAAAAGAGGUUGUGCUAAAACAGUACCACUACAUACAACUCUGCCAGCCAAUCCGAGAUAUUGGCUGGGUGCAGACUCUAAAGCAACACCUGUGGGGCUGUGCACUACCCAAUCCCAGAGAUGCUAAGGACGAGCUACUCCGACCCAGUCAUCAUCAUUCCCAGGGUGCUGCUGGAGGAGAACCACCACCUCCACCACCACCACCACUGCUGGAUGGAGCCGAGCCUCGGAGGAGCGGCGGGGUCGUACGCUUUGCCCUAGACGUGAAUCAGACUGAGUAGUUCUGCCUGUCAGGAUGGAGGCAGAUGCUCCGUAUACAGACUGCUGCUCUGUACUGUAAAUAUCUAGUAUUUGCAACUAAGUUGGAUUAAGAAAAAGAGGUGAAUCUCACACAAAAAAGUGGAAAAGAGGAAGCCCACACAUUUGAAACACGCAUGUUUAAAACUGAUUUUGGCUCUGAGGUCACGGCUGUUUGACCCAUGGCAUUAUUGCAAAGGUGCUACAUCAUUUUAUGGUUUCAUGCAAUUUAUUUUAAAAGAAUAUGUCAAUAUCACUAGGAAUACCACACCAUAAAGUGCUUAUACAACAAUAACAUAAGAAACUGUACUGUACAUUGAUCAGUUUUAGUGUAAAUAAAUAAUCACAACUUGCAGAUUA